UCAAUUUAAGUCUCUAGUGCGUGCAUUUCUGAUCUUCUCGAUCUUGUGGCCUGUGAAUUAAGGAAAUGGCUUCCAGCUCGAAUAUGUUGGCUUUUCUAGCUGUUAUGUUUCUGGUGGUGCUACCCAUGUCUUCCCUAGCCUCAAAUCAUACUCAUCUUGAUGAUCUUUAUGAAAAGGUGUGUGAAGAAGUGGAAUGUGGAAAGGGAAAUUGCUCAGCUGACAUAAAUUACCCACUUGGCUUCAAGUGCGAAUGCGAACCUGGUUGGAAGCGAACUCGUGACGACGAUGACGAUCUCACGUUUCUUCCCUGCGUGAUACCUAAUUGUACUCUUGAUUACGGCUGCCAGCCAGCUCCUCCACCGGUUCCACAAACGGAGAAUCCACACAAUAUAUCAGCCUUUGAUCCAUGCUACUGGGCCUAUUGCGGAGAAGGGACAUGUACCUGCAAGAACAAGACACAUACACACAGAUGUGAAUGCAACUCGGGUUACUUCAACCUUCUAAACAUCUCAGCCUUCCCAUGCUACAGUGAAUGUACACUUGGAUCUGAUUGUUCAAGACUUGGGAUUACGGUCCAAAAAUCUACUACAGACGAUGGAUCUGGGACUGGUCAAGAAUUGACAACGCAGAUUGGGGAUCGGAGGGGAGCAACCGACAUCAAGGAAGAGUCGGGCUUUUGAGCUUUUUUUUUUCUUAUUCCGAAUCU